CGGGACGCUUAGUACGCGACAAAGCCAGUCAAGCAGUGUAGUAAGUGAGGAAAAUUCACAAAAUUCCUCGAUAAACCGAGGAAAAUGACACGGCUCUGUAUCUGUGAGAUGUGCAGCUGUGGCCGCCAUCGUUGCACACACCAGCCCACGGCACUUUACAAGAAAGGCAGUCAGACUAACGUGUUGUCAGAGUACUCCGAGAAGUAUCCUGCCUAUAAAGGGCACACGCGUCCCAAGAGCCUCAAGCCCCAACUGCAAUAUAAAGCUCAUCAGGACACAAUGGACGGAACAACCACCUUCAGGACGGACUACAUCCCGUAUGUGGUCACCCGUCGCCCUGAGAAGCAGCAGGCUGAGUACAAGCCCAAACCUGGAGAGAUUGACUUAGGAACGACCUAUAAACAAGACUUCAACCCAUAUGAAGUGCAACCGUUUGUUCCUUACCGCCCUAAAGAGAGAGUACAUGCCACGAAUGCAAAACUGGACACUGUACCCACCUAUAAAGAGGAUUUUCGUCAGUGGGAGAUCAGCAGACGGGAAUUGACUAGGCCUGAGACACCAUAUCAACCCCCUGCUACAAAGUUUGGGAAUUCCACAACAUUCCAGGACGAUUUCGUCCACCGAGGCCUCGUGCCCCGUGAGAGCUACAAGCCCCCUAACAUAGCCAAGCUAUCCGAUGCUCCUUUCGAAAACAUGACCAGCAACAAGCUCUCAUACAUUCCACAUGCUCUAGAAGCCCGGUACGUCAAACCGCCAGCAGAAUACAAACCCAGCAGCCAACCUUUCCAGGACCUCACCACCCAUCGACAAGACUAUCAAGGCCUGCCAAGUCAGCUGCCCAGAAGCUGCAAGCCUGAGGCUAUCAAAGCAGCCUCCAACAAACCCUUCCAGGGCAGCACGGAAUUCCGUGACCGUUUCCAGCCGUGGCCCGUAUCCCUCCCGCAGGUGCAGAAGUCAGUGGAGUACACGAGUCCAACAGAGCACAUGGACCUGACUACCACCUCGCACACCGACUACAUCAAGCACCAAAUCCAGCCUUUCGUUUCCGCCAAACCCUUCUCACUCCCCAGUAAGUCCUCCAGCCCCUUUCAGGGCAACACCACCAUGAGAGACGACUUCCAGCCGUGGGUGGCUCAACGUCAAGGCAUGAUCCGGAAACAAGAGGAAAUGCAGCGAGCCAGUGGGAAAAUGGAAGAUCUGACCACUUUCAGGGCUCAUUUCAUUCAGCAUGAACCUCAGCCUAGUUUCAGCUUCAAGCCUCAGAAUGCACCGCUGCGGACCGACGUUCCCCUGCAGAACGAGACCAUGUACCGCACCGAGUUCACGCCUAAGAAGAUCAGCACGUGUCCGGCCAGUUUCGAGACUCCACCGGGGUUUGUGUUCGAUAAUUUUGACGAUCGAGGCCACCGCUUUUUCCGAAAAAUGACGUCUGCUGACAGGAUUGAGACGCCGAAGGAAAUGGUCUUGACAGCUUAAGAAAGUCAGGUUGUUUCUAUAAAAGGAAACUAGCAUACAAUACCAUCUCUCUAAAUUAUUGUGAUCCUAUUGGGAAUUGUAAUGAAUUAUGAUUGAAAGGUCAGUGGGUUUGAACUAUCUUGCAGAAAACAUUGAUUAUGAAUAGUUUGAAAUCUUCGCUAGUUUUUAAUUUUCAAUAGGAUGAAAUUGCAGUAGAGUUAUGUAGGAUACAUGUCAUAUACAGUUGAAAUCAAAAGUUUACAUACAUCUUGCAGAAUGUGCAAAAUGUUAAUUAUUUUAUCAAAAUAAGAGGGAUCAUACAAAAUGCAUGUUUUUUUUUUUAUUUAGUACUGACCUGAAUAAGAUAUUUCACAUAAAAGAUGGUUUACAGGUAGUCCACAAGAGAAAAUAGUUUAAUUUAUAAAAAUGACCCUGUUCAAUACACUUGAUUCUUAAUACUGUGCAGUUACCUUGAGUCUCUUGUUUGUCCUGAACAGAAAAAUCCUUCAGGUCCCACAAAUUCUUUGGUUUUUCAGCAUUUUUGUAUAACAUUUCAGCAUUUUGAACCCAACAAUAGCUGUAUGAUUUUGAGAUCCAUCUUUUCACACUGAGGACAACUGAGGGACUCAUAUGCAACUAUUACGUAAGGUUCAAAAGCUCACUGAUGCUGGAGAAGUAAAAGUUGUGCAUUAAGAGCCGGGCGGUGUACAUUUUGCUUAUUUUGCCUAAAUAUCAUAUUUUUUUAAUUUAGUACUGCCCUUCAGAAUCUACAGAAGAUACUUACAUGUUUUCCAGAAGACAAAAUAAGUUACGUUUAUCCUAGAUCUUCAAAUUCAAAAGUUUUCACCCCCCGGCUCUCAAUGCAUUGUUUUUCUUUCUGAAGCAUCAGUGAGUGUUUAAAUCUUCUGUAAUAGUUGCAUAUGAGUCCCUCAGUUGUCCUCAGUGUGAAAAGAUGGAUCUCAAAAUCAUACAGUCAUUGUUGGAAAAGGUUUAAAUACACAAAAGAAUUUGUGGAACCUAAGGGAUUUUUCCUAAAGGAAAAGCAGACAGUUUAACUGUUUAGGACAAACAUGAACAACUACCCCAAAACAACAACAACAUCAUAUGUAAACAUCUUUUAUGUGAAAUAUCUUAUUCAGGUCAGUACUAAAUAAAAAUAAAAUAAAAUGCAUUUUGUAUGAUCCCUCUUAUUUUGGGUAAAAUAAUUAACAUUUUGCAGAUUCUGCAAGGUGUAUGUAAAUUUUUGACCUCAACUGUAAAUUGGUUUCUGACCAUUACAAUUAGUUAGUUAAAUAUCAAAAUUACUUCUACACUACUGUGUAAAAGUUUGCAGUAAAUUUCAAAAUGAAAUUAAACCUUUUAUUCAGCACAACAGCACAUUCAGACAUUUAUAAUAGUACAAAAAUGUCUAUUUCAAAUAAAUGCUGUUCUUUUGAAGAAUCCUGAAAAGAAGUAUCACGGUUUCCACAAAAAUAUGAAGCAGCAUAACUGUUUUGAACAAUGAUAAUAGUUAGAUAAUAGAAAUGUUUCUUGAGCAGUAAAUCAGCAUAUCAGAAUGAUUUCUGAAGGAUCAU